AGCGCCCGGCCCUUCCCCCGCCGCCUUUCGGUUUCUCUCUUCCAGGAAGGAAAACACCGGGAGGGGAGCGGGGCCGUGACGGCAGCGCCGCCCCUUCUUCCCCCUUCCCCCCCCCCCCUUUUCCCACUUCCAUUUCCCCCCGCGCCGCACGCGGGCAGAGCGCGCGCGGUCACGCACACACACACACACACACACACACACACACACACACGCACAGUCGCGCUCAGCGGGGAGGGAGCGAUCGCGCUCACUCGGAGGAGGCGGCUGGCGGCGGCACCGGCACCGCUGAGGAGGGGACCCCAGGCGGCAGGGGGGGGGACUCCGCCUCUCCCCCGGGCAGCUCCGCGGGCCGCGCCAUGGUGGCGGCGGAAACUUCCCCUUGAGGGGACGGGCCGGGAGGGGAGCGGAAAGUGGGGAAAGCCCGAGAACUUCCCGUCCGUCCGUCCGCCCGCCCCGCCGGGCUUCGCCGCUUCCCUGCUGAGAGAUGUCUGAGGCUCCUGCUCAGUGUUGCAUCAAGCAGGAAAGAAUUUCGUACACACCUCCAGUGAGCCCGGUACCAAAUUACACUUCCUCGACACCACUACAUGUCCCAGUGCCGCGAACGAUCAGGAUGGAGGAAGACGCGAUCAGACUGCCAGCACACCUGCGUUUGCAGCCUGUUUACUGGAGCAGGGAUGAUGUGGCACAGUGGCUCAAGUGGGCAGAGAAGGAGUUUUCCUUGAGGCCAAUUGAGAGCAGCACUUUUGAGAUGAACGGCAAGGCUCUGCUGCUUCUGACCAAAGAGGACUUUCGCUACCGGUCUCCUCAUUCAGGUGACGUUUUGUAUGAGCUCCUUCAGCAUAUCCUGAAGCAACGGAAAGCUCGUAUGCUCUUCACACCUUUCUUCCACCCUGGGAACUCAAUCCAUGCUCAGCCAGAGGUCAUAUUACACCAGAAUCAUGAUGAAGAUAGCUUUGUCCAGAGGCCCUCAAGACCAUCCACAGAAACGGUCCACCACAACCCCCCAACCAUUGAACUGUUGCAUCGUUCUAGAUCACCCAUCACCAACAACCACCGUCCAUCACCAGAUCCCGAUCAGCGGCCACUGAAGUCCCCUAUGGACAGCACUAUCCGUCGCCUUUCCCCAGCUGACAGGGUGCCGGGGAUAAGGCAUCAGCACGAGAACAGCCAGCAGGAGCCCUAUCCUCUCUCAGUGUCCCCAAUAGAAAACAACCACUGCCCGCCUCAUUCCGAGGUGCUCCAGAAGCCCUCCAGCCCUCGCCAGGAGAACACCAGGGUCAUCCAGCUGAUGCCCAGCCCUAUUAUGCAUCCUUUGAUACUGAACCCCAGGCACUCCGAUUUCAAACCACCAAGGUUGUCUGAGGAUGGGCUUCACAGGGAGGUAAAGCCAAUCAACUUGUCCCACCGAGAAGAGUUAGCUUAUAUGAACCACAUCAUGGUGUCUGUAUCCCCUCCUGAGGACCAUGCGAUGCCAAUUGGAAGAAUAGCGGACUGUAGAUUGCUUUGGGAUUAUGUUUAUCAGCUGCUUUCUGACAGCCGGUACGAAAAUUUCAUCCGAUGGGAAGAUAAGGAAUCCAAAAUAUUUCGGAUAGUGGAUCCCAACGGGCUGGCCCGGCUGUGGGGAAACCACAAGAACAGAACAAAUAUGACUUACGAGAAAAUGUCCAGAGCCCUGCGCCACUACUACAAACUAAAUAUUAUCCGGAAGGAGCCAGGACAAAGGCUUUUGUUCAGGUUCAUGAAGACCCCAGAUGAGAUUAUGAGUGGCCGAACAGACCGCCUUGAGCACCUUGAAUCCCAGGAACUGGAUGAACAAAUAUACCAAGAAGAUGAGUGCUGAAGGGAACUGGUGCACCGCCUCUGUGGGUCUGUGGGAGAAACAUCUGUCCGGAUGGCUGGCACUGUUUGGGAGGCAAAGCAACAACACGGAAGCAGUACUCGGGGUCGCCGCUUAGCUUGAAGAUCAUGCAGGACCUGAAGCACCUUAACAAAACAAACUAGCAGGCUGAAGUGGUGCUGGCAGAAAAGUAAAGGGGAGAAAGCCUGGACUUACGCACUACUUCACUGUUCCUACAACGUCUCCCUUGAGUUCUUUCUUUCUUUUUGGUUUGUUUCAGUUUUGGUUUUUUUUUUGUUGUUUUUUUCCCUAAUAAACAUGCAGUUUGACUUUCCUUAUCUCACAUAGGACAAGACGUCAGAUUAUGCUUUUUGUUUUUUAGAAGGCUUUCCUAUGGAAAUAGAGUGCUCUUAUUUUCUGUGCAAGUCCCAUGGCAUAACACCGCAUAAAACAACAGCAACGCAAGAAGGGAUUUGCUCAAGGGUUCCAGUUUGCUUGGAUCAAUUUACAUGUGCUGCCACUGGGAAAUGUGUUGAAGCUACCAAAAGAAUUUACCAUACGUACCUGUCCAAUGAAGAGGAGUCACCCUUCAUGUGUAGGCUGGGAUAUCAUCCCAGCAUAGCUUGGGCUCAUGAGCUUUGCGAGUGGCUAUUAACUGCUGGAAUAUGGACCAAAACCAAUCACCUAAGUGCUCCGGGGAGGAGAGAAAUAAAUGUGACAAACCUCUGCAA